CCAAGGCGACGAGGGCUUUUGAAAUAUCAGCCUGUGAUAGGUCACGGCGACGGCGGGGGUGGCCCUUUUCCAGCGUGUUCUAAAAGCCUAGGGCUAGCCGAAGCCGUUUCGCGGUGCCUCCCUCGCGCGCUCCCUGUCCUUGAGCACUUGGUACGUUCCCAUCUAACUCCAGGGGAUAAAUAGCGGCAAGCCAAGGCACCGGCUCCGAAGCGACGCGGGAGAGACUGGGCGCUUCCAUUGUGCAACUCGAAGCAGGCUCCGCAAAAGCGCAUCAUGGAUCAUCCCGGGCAGACGGAAUUGUGGAAGGCGCAGACGCUGGACGAGCUGAUCCAGAUCCUGCAUCGCUUGUUCUCCGGCGACAAAGUCAACGUGGCAGAAGUGCAAACCUUAAUGGAAACUUACGAGAGCAACCCGGAGGAGUGGCUCAAAUAUGCUCAGUUUGACCAGUUCAGGUACACAAGAAAUCUUGUGGAUAAAGGAAAUGGAAAGUUCAAUUUGAUGAUCUUAUGCUGGGGUGAAGGCCAUGGCAGCAGUAUCCAUGAUCACACAGAUUCACACUGCUUUAUGAAAAUGCUUCAAGGAAAUCUAAAAGAGACACUGUUUGAGUGGCCUGGCAAAAAGGGGACUGGAGAGCUGCUGAAGAAAUCCGAAAGGGUUUUGAAGGAAAACCAGUGUGCCUAUAUUAAUGACUGCAUCGGCUUACACCGUGUGGAGAACCCAAGCCAUACGGAAACCGCUGUUAGUCUCCAUUUGUACAGCCCACCCUUUGAAUCUUGCUACACUUUUGACCAAAGAACUGGACACAAGCAAAAAGUUAAAAUGACAUUUUAUAGUCAGUUUGGAGAAAGGACCCCAUAUGCAACAUCAGUUUCACAGGAGAACAACUGAAAAGCACAAGGCUGGCUGGAUGGUUUAUUAUUUGAACUGGAGCAGAAGGAUUGUAUGAUUGAUGCCAGUGCCAAGCUGUGUCUGAAUAAUCUCUAUGUAGGACGGCUAUUUGGCCAAGUAGUUAUCAUUCAUGAUUCCUCUCCUCUUGAACACUAAAGGGAGUAGUGCCAUGUAUUGCUGCAGAGUUCAAAUGACUCUCGCAACCUACCAUAAAACCAGGGUCCUUUCCCCACCAUUUCUACUUUUGAGACUGUGUACACAAACAUCAGCAAUUUGGGCUUCUAAGUAUGACUUGACUUUCUUAACAGCCCUACCUGUUUGAAUGUAUGCCAUUUUUACUAGUAAUGUAACUUUUUGGUGUCAUCUGUACUGUGUACUGUAUACUGUUAGCAGCUUCAUUUUAACCAGGGUUCAAUGAUCUGUUGGAACUUUUAAAAUUUGUUUGUGCAUCUUAAAAUCUUAUGUGUAAGAUCUGAUUCCUUUUUUUAACGAAAGAAUAAAAUAGGAGCAAUAAUGUCUUGUACCAACACUUAUGUCCUGGAGAAAAUGUCUGUUAAUAUCUGUUAAACGUUAAUGAAGUUGAAUGGGAUUAAUUUUUAGUUUUUAAAGUGAUUUGUAUCAUAACUUGCCCCAAAACCUGAAUAAAACUGAAUACGGGCACACUUUC